AUGCUGCUCUCAUCCUUGGUGGCGCUGAGCGCCACCUUCAGCACCGCACACGCAGUGACAGUCUACGGCCAGAUCCCUCUGGCACAAACCGCAACUCCCACAGAUCCCGCAGCACCAGUAGCGACUACUCUGGCUGCAUACAACCGCACACUCCUCAAUCCCCCACCCGUGCCCAAUCCCCUCCCCGGCACCGCAUACGAACUACCACUCCAAAGAGAUGCGGCCGCUGCCAGCGGCAUCUCGAUACCGCAUGUCGGAGGUGGCUUUUGGGGUUUCUCGAUCGAAAUGUCGGUCAUCAGCCAAGUUUUGGGCAAGAACUCCUCCCUCCUCCAGGUCCCUUUCUUGAACCUAAUGGCCAAUCUUCAGGAGAGGGCCGGCGGCGUGGUCAUCCGGUUAGGUGGAAACACGCAAGAGUUCGCCGUCAUGGUACCAGAAUUAGAGGAUGGGCGAACAUUUGGAAAGACAGACUCAGGGUCAACGCAAACGACCAAAACGCCUGCGGUGCUCUAUACUAUCGAUAUGUUCUACAUGGCGAACAACAUUUCAUCAAUGCUGAACGUAAAAUGGUUCUGCGGAAUUCCAUUCAACGAUUCAACCAACUGGCGCCUCACGAUUGCGGAAGAGGCCCAAAACAUCCUUGGUGACAACCUCCUUGCCCUUCAGGCCGGUAACGAACCGGAUUUCUAUGUGGAAUUCAAACGCCGUCUUGCCCCGUACGAACCUGCUGACUACGCUAAUGAGGUGCAAAAUCUCAUCGAGGUCAUGGACAAUAACCCGCGUAUCAUCAACAAGAAUAUGCUUCUGGGACCGAGUAUCGCAAGCGCCAACUGGCAGCCUUAUCAGGUAUGGGAGACUGGGUUCAUCGACCGCUUUAAGGAUCGCAUGUAUGCCUUUACUGUCGAACAUUACCCCGAUAACAACUGUGCUGCUCAAUUUAACACUGGAGACGUUCACAAAAACCCUCAAGAUGUUUUCCCGAACUAUCUCGACCACCAGAAAGUUGUCGACCUUGUGUUCCCGUACUAUGAGUCUACCGCCCUCUCGACCGCUGCUGGCAGGCCGUUUUUCAUGUUCGAGACCAAUACGGCUUCAUGCGGUGGUUUCGCAGGAGUGAGCGACUCGUACGGUGCGGCGCUUUGGGCUAUGGACUAUGGUUUCCAGAUGGCCUGGGCGAACUUUACUCACGGAAUGCUCCACGUCGGUGGUCAGAACGUCUUCUAUAACCCCUUCACCGCACCUCCGACGAACCAAUCUUCGUACAACCAAUGGACGGUCGGCUCCAUUUACUACUCCACCAUCGUGCUCGCCGAGGCCUUCGGAAAGACGAACACGUCCCGAAUUGUCGACCUCACUUCCACUGCAGGCUCCAUCUACACGCCUUCGUACGCCAUCUACGAGAACGACGUACUCGACAAGGUCGCUCUCUUCAACUACGUCGAUGACAAUACAGGUGCCAGCAACCUGCAAGUCACGCUGACUGUACCGAACGGAGGUACCCCUGGGUCUGUCCGCGUCAAAUACCUCGAAGCCGACAGCGUCGCCUCGAAGGACAACAUCACAUGGGCCGGCCAGACCCUCGGUAACCAGCUCGAAGUUGACGGUCGGUUCAGAGGCGAGCUGAACGUGACCACCGUCGACUGUGCAGCGACAGGCUGCGUCAUCCCCGUUCCUGCGCCUGGCUUCGCACUCGUUUUCUUCAACACCGCGGCGGAGCAGAUCAGCAUUGGUCAGGCUACGCAGACCUUUGCGACGAGCGCGCAUACGAAGAGCCACAACACGGCAACGAUCGCCUCUGCCGUCCUCGCGACGUCGAACGGGCAUUCUGGUAUGAGCCGCGACGGCUUUGGAAGUACGAGUGUGGGCAGUGUCAGCGCAGGGGUUGAGAGUGCACGGUUGAGAGCGGGCGUGUUGGUGUUGGGUCUAAUGGCUGGCGGCGCGGUCUAUCUUGCGCGGGCGUUGAUGAGAUGA